UGAACAUCGAAUCCAUCACAGGGUAAUUCCAUACUCUUAUUGAUUUCAUUUCCACCCCAGCGCUUUCACGAUGGAUAUCUCCCAAAUCUCCACCCAACUCUCCCCAACCCCAAAAGCAUUCCCAAAUUGCUGCCUAUCCAUUUCCAGGACCCUAACAUCCCACCUCGCCUCUCUCCUGCCCAAAAAGCCCUCCUUCACCGUCUCAAUCGGCAGCGGAUCCGGCCUUCUAGAAGCUCUCAUCUCACAUCGCCACUCUGAUGUAUUAAUCGAGGGCGUGGAGGUCAACUCCACUGUAAACCGGUACAUCUUGGAACCAGACAUGAAUGUGGUUCACGGAACGUGGGAUCUUCACCCUAGGGUCCGCGAGGCCGCAGCGUGGAUGUUUGUCUAUCCGCGGGAGCCGAAACUGGUUAGCAAGUAUUUGGAGACUUUCUCCGCAGAUGAGGUUGAGAUCAUUGUUUGGUUGGGACCCAGGGCUGAUUGGGUGGAUUAUGAGCCUUGUUUUCGGGCCUCUAUGUUUUCGGAUGUGCAGGUUUAUGAGGAUGUGGGGGUGGCGGGGUUUGAGAUGUUGGUUGUAAUGAGGAAAAGUGAUGGGGUGGUUUAAUUUAUUCUUCUCAUUUAAAAUGCUCCCUAGCUGAGA